AUGAUGAAGGGGAUGUCAUCACUUGGAAAGUGUCACAAUAAGUCGCACACGUUGUGCCACUGCUAUGGCUGUAAGGCCUGCCGCCUUCAGAAUCCAGCUGGUGGCAAAUGUGGCUAUCAGUCCAAGUGGAAGAGAACGUAUCACUGGAGUGCCAAGACUACAAGAGGAUAUACCACUGGGAACAUCCAAAUGAAUCAUCUACAAAUAGUGUACUGCAGAUUCCAGCAUGGAUUCUGUGACGUAACAACACCGAGCCCCAGGAGGGCCACUGGUACAGCAUCCAGUUCAUCCUAA